AUGUGGCGGUGUGCGUCGUAUCAGAAAUCUCGGGAUUACGGUCUUUCGGUAGAGGAGCCCCACAGCCUCUUUGUAAUACACACCUUUGGAACUAGCUGGCCGCGUUGGAGCUAUUACCUUGGAAUGUGCUUUGCUGCACCGGAAAAACAUCUUUAUUUUUUUUACUUGGCUUCGAAAGGAUGGAAAACCUUCUUCUUUUUUGCCGUUCUCCUCCCAGCAGUGACCAGCGCCCUGGCAUAUUACUGGUCACGGAAAGGUUGGAAUAAUCAUCCGUUAGCUCGGACGCUUGCUGUUCAUGCUCUCCCGCAGUCGGGCUGGAGGGCAGUAGCUUCUUCCAUCAAUAUGGAAUUCAGGAGAAUUGACAAAUUUGCUACUGGAGCCCCAGGAGCCCGGGUGAUUGUUACAGACACAUGGGUGAUUAAAGUGACCACCUACUGUUUACAUGUUGCCCAGCAGCAGGACAUUCAUUUAACGGUUACAGACUCCAGACAGCAUGAACUCUCACCAGACUCAAAUAUGCCUGUGCAGUUCCUCACCAUCCGUGUUGCCAGUAUUAAUCCCUACGUGAAGGCAUUUGAUAUUCGGUUGAACUCUACGGAGUACGGGGAGCUCCGAGAAAAGCUCCGUGCUCCUAUCAGCAAUGCGGCUAAUGUUGUGAUCCAUCAAAGCCUCAGUGAUUUAUUUCUGGAAACUUUUACAUCUCUUGUGGAAAUUAAUCAGACGUACCCUGUUCGAAGCACUCAGGAACUGGAGCCGUGCAUAGGGUGCAUGCAGACUAACGCAAAUAUCAAGCUUAUCAAGAACUGCCAAGAGCCAAACGAAGGAGAAUGCCAGCAGUGCUACUGUCGUCCUAUGUGGUGCCUCACCUGCAUGGGCAAAUGGUUUGCCAGCCGGCAGGAUCAGCAGCACCCAGAGACCUGGCUGUCAAGCCAAGUGCCUUGUCCAACUUGCCGAGCCAAAUUUUGCAUUUUAGAUGUUUGCAUAAUACGGUGAAUAAUAUUUUGAUACGUUUUAACUUUCAGAAUUGAAAUGUAUUUCAUAGUGGGUUUGGCUAAAGGGUCUGUUAGGUUGUUUCUUACACUUCAUAUGCUACAUGGGUGCAAACUCCAGAGCCUUGAAAAUGGGAGUCCAUCAUCUUUUCAGUUCCUUUUCACUUUUACCUUUAUUCUUGUUUUUGACUUGCCAAAUAGAUCAGUUCUGGAAUAUGUUUCUUUUAAACAUAUUUUGCUUUCUUAUGUCUCGGAUGGAAUAAGGGUAUCCCAUCAAUGUUUUAGAUACUAUUCUCUUUGCAAGUUUUAUCAGGGGUACUUUGAUUUUUUUUUUUUGAUUCUUUAGUAAAGGGCUAACUGAGAAAACUGCUUUGAUUAGGUUUCAUUGAUACUUUUAUUAUUCCUCGAUCCAUCUGUAAUGUUCACGUUCAUCCUUCUAAGUGUUCAUCAAGCUGUGUUUCUUCUGCUGGUCCCAUUCACUUAAAAGCAGGAUUGGUUAUGAUAAACUAAGGAAUUUAAUUCCUAAAGAUGUACAGCUCCUGCAGGGACCUUUUAUUUCAUUAAUCUGCCUCUACCUUGUUCUUGGAUGGAUGUAUUUAUUUCAAACAACAGAAGUAUUCAGAAAUGUACCAUUUACCUACUCUGCUAAAGGUGUGCAUAGACUGUUGUAGUUAAAUGUUCCUGAAAGCUACAUUGCUUAGGGUUUCAGCACUCUUCAGGUGAUGAAAUUUUUUUUUACGUUUGAAGGGAAUGCAGCAGACAUCUGAACUGUUUAAAUAUUCAGAAAGAAUGCUCAGCUAUUUCAAAGCAUGUAAGCUGUUCUAAGGGAUACCCUUCCCACUGAAAGAGAUGCCGGAAUUAGAUCCGUUCCCAAGAAUGGCCAUCGUUAUUGAAAGUUUUUCAGGCUUGCACUUCAGAGGAACGAUCGUAAGCGGUGGUCGCUGUUUCAGCAUUAGUAGGGUACUGUUGCACGUUUCCUAAUGUGGUCUACAUCAGAGUAAUUUGUAAAAAAAAAUUUUGAAAAAUGCUUUGAUUUUAAUUUAAAAGAGAGCUCCACUCCUGGGCCUAAAUGCACUGCUUCGUGUCCCAGUUGUCCAUCACACCCUUCAAUGAACAAUUAGCCUACUGCCUGGUGAAAAGCUUUAAGCUGCUGGAGAUUGUGCGUUUGAGUUCAUACACUGAAGUAUGCACUGUAGUGGCUGAGAUGCAGAUAUUUUGCCCAUCUUAGAGGGGCAGUAAUCGCUGGCAGAGAGGCGGG